AUGUUCCCUGAACAGAUGGCAGAGCCACUCGUUAUAGGUCUGGAUUACGGGUCCGAUUCCGCGCGAGCGGUACUGGUGCGCGUGCGGGAUGGGGCGGAGCUGCAGAGCGCCGUCUUUGACUACCCGCGCUGGACAAAGGGGGAGUACUGCAACUCCAAGUUGAUGCAGUACCGCCAGCAUCCGUGCGACUACAUGGAGGCGGCAGAGAAUGUCAUCACUGCGGUGUUGAAGGCAGCUGGCCCGGCGGCGCGAGACAACGUGGUUGGGCUCGCCUUCGAUACGACCGGUAGCACACCGUGCAUGGUCGACGAGACCUGCACGCCUCUUGCCCUUCGGCCUUCGUUUGCCAAUAACCCGAACGCUAUGUUUAUUCUCUGGAAGGACCACACCUCUGUAAAGGAGGCUGCUGCAAUCAAUGCGCUGGCGCACAAAAGCACCCCCGACUACACCUCCUUCUGCGGGGGCACCUACUCCUCCGAGUGGUUCUGGUCGAAGGCGCUGCACGUGAUCCGCAACGACGAGCAGGUGUCUCAGGCCGCGUACGGCAUUGUAGAGUGCAGCGAGUGGCUUCCUGCCCUCUUCACCGGUGUCACAUCGUAUCAAAAGCUCAUCCGCUCCCGGUGCGCGUGCGGGCACAAGGCAAUGUGGCACGAGAGCUGGGGCGGCUUCCCGCCACGCAGCUUCUUUGACCAGUUGCACCCGCGCUUGGGGCUCAUGCGGUCCCGCAUGAGCGACGUCACAGAGACCAUCGACAAGCCGGUGGGUACACUGAGUGAGGAGUGGGCGCGGCGUCUUGGAUUGAGUACGCGGGUUGUCGUCGCUGGCGGCGCCAUCGAUGCUCACCUCGGCGCCGUUGGUGCCGGCAUCAAGCCUUACUCGUUUGUGCGUGUCAUGGGAACGUCGACCUGUGACAUGAUGGUGAUCGACUCCAGCAUUCUCGGCCACCGCCGCGUAAAGGGAAUUUGUGGGCAGGUCGACGGCUCUAUCGUGCCACACAUGAUUGGCCUCGAGGCUGGUCAGUCCGCGUACGGCGACGUCUUCGCGUGGUUCUCAGAAUUGCUCCAGUACUCCUCUGCACGACUCAUUGCCAGCACGAAGUUGCUCGACGAGAACGCCAAAACAGAGCUGAGGCGUGAGAUAAAGAGGAGGAUGCUCAGCACCCUUACCGAAGAUGCCAGCCGAAUUCAGCCCGGCGAGAGCAGCGUGCAUGCCUUGGACUGGUUCAACGGACGGCGCACCCCCGAUGCCAACCAAAACCUCAAAUCGGUCAUUGGCGGCCUUACCCUGGGUAGCGACGCGGCAAGUGUGUAUCGUGCGCUGGUGGAGGCGACAGCGUACGGGUCGCGCGCCAUCGUAGAGCGCUUUCGACGAGAGGGUGUGCGCAUUGACAACGUCAUUGCAGUUGGCGGCAUCGCUAAGAAGUCGCCGCUGGCAAUUCAGAUCCUUUCGGACGUGCUGAACAUGCCUAUCACCGUGUGUAACAGCGAGCAAGUCUGUGCGUUGGGGUCUGCUAUUGCCGCCGCCACAGCUGCGGUGUGUUACGGGAGCAUCCCGGAGGCGCAGAAAAAGAUGGCAAGCGGCUCUUCUACCGCGUACAAGCCGUGCCCAGAGGCUGCCCGGGUGUACGAUGAGCUGUACCAGCGUUACAUUGAGCUUGCUGCGAACACUGAACGGAUGUAUUCACACAUGUAG